UUAAUUUUUUUUCUGAUUCGGAUAAACACUGUAUUUGAAUAUGCUGUCCUACUUACUAUCAUUGCCAACUGUGUGGUGCUUGCAUUGGAAGAGCAUCUACCAGACAAAGAUCGUACGCCUUUAUCACUUAAAUUGGAAACAUCGGAGCCUUAUUUUUUAGGAAUAUUUUGUGUUGAAGCAACAUUAAAAAUAUUGGCAUUAGGUUUUAUUCUACAUAAAGGAUCAUAUCUUAGAAAUGUUUGGAAUAUAUUGGAUUUUAUAGUCGUAUUGACUGGCCUGAUUACAUUCUGCAUACCGACCGAUAUAAAAGUAUUAGGUGGUGUAGAUCUUAAAACAUUACGUGCAAUACGUGUAUUAAGACCAUUAAAAUUGGUAUCAGGUGUACCAAGUUUACAAGUGGUUUUAAAAUCAAUAAUCAAAGCAAUGGCACCAUUAUUACAGAUUGGUCUAUUAGUUUUAUUUGCAAUUGUUAUAUUUGCCAUAAUAGGUCUUGAUUUUUAUGAAGGAGCUUUACAUAAAACAUGCUAUCUACUGCCAGAUAAAGUUGAUAUUGAAAAAGAAGGUGGUGAACAUGAAACACCAUGUACAAUGUUAACCGAUCCAGAUAAAACACCAAAAGGUGCAUAUGUUUGUCCAAAUACAUCGAUUUGUCGUGAAGGAUGGGAAGGACCAAAUUAUGGCAUUACCAGUUUUGAUAAUAUAUUUUUCGCAAUGUUAACCGUUUUUCAAUGUAUUACUAUGGAAGGUUGGACAGCAAUUUUAUAUUGGACAAAUGAUGCACUUGGUAGUACUUAUAAUUGGAUAUAUUUUGUUCCAUUAAUCAUAUUGGGAUCAUUUUUUAUGCUCAAUCUUGUUCUUGGUGUUUUGAGUGGUGAAUUUGCAAAAGAAAGAGAAAGAGUUGAAAAUCGUCAAGCAUUUUUAAAAUUACGUAGACAACAACAAUUAGAACGUGAAUUAAAUGGUUAUGUUGAAUGGAUUUGUAAAGCAGAAGAGGUUAUCCUUGCAGAAGAACGUACAACCGAAGAAGAAAAAAUGCACAUUAUUGAAGCAAGACGUCGUGCUGCUGCCAAACGUAAAAAGCUAAAAAAUAUGCAUAGUAAAAGUACCGAUGAAGAAGAUGAAGAUGAAGAUGAAGAAGAUGAAGCUGUAGUGCCUUCCAAAGUGAUGAAAGGAUUUUCACGUGCAACUUAUCUACAUUCAAAGAUAAAAAAUAAAGGUGCUUGUAAAGCAUUUUGGCGACAAGAAAAACGUUUUCGAUUGGCCGUACGUCGUGGUAUCAAAACACAAGCAUUUUAUUGGUUUGUAAUAUUAUUGGUUUUUCUUAACACUGCCUGUGUUGCUGUUGAACAUAAAGGACAACCAGAAUUUUUAACACAAUUUUUAUAUAUUGCUGAAUUUGUAUUUCUUGGCCUAUUCAAUUGUGAAAUGUUGAUCAAAAUGUAUGCACUUGGAUUGAAAGAAUAUUUCUCUUCUGCAUUCAAUCGUUUUGAUUGUAUGGUUAUUAUUGGUUCAAUAUUUGAAGUAAUAUGGUCAGAAUUUAAAGGUGGAUCUUUUGGAUUUUCUGUAUUACGUGCAUUACGUUUGUUACGUAUUUUUAAAGUUACAAAAUAUUGGUCAUCAUUAAGAAAUUUAGUCAUUUCAUUACUUGCCUCAAUGCGUUCAAUUAUAUCAUUAUUAUUUUUAUUAUUUUUAUUCAUAUUAAUAUUUGCCUUAUUAGGCAUGCAAUUAUUUGGUGGUGCAUUUAAUUUUGAAGAUGAAACACCUGCUGCAAAUUUUAAUACAUUUGCUAUUGCACUGUUAACAGUAUUUCAAAUAUUAACCGGUGAAGAUUGGAAUGAAGUUAUGUAUAAAGCAAUUGAAUCACAAGGUGGUAUACAUCAUGGUGGAAUGAUUUAUAGUGUUUAUUUUAUUAUUCUGGUAUUGUUUGGUAAUUAUACAUUAUUAAAUGUAUUUUUGGCUAUUGCUGUUGAUAAUUUAGCUAAUGCACAAGAAUUGACAGCAGCUGAAGAAGAAGAAGCUGAAGUUGAUCGUGAACGUGAAAAUCUUGAUUUAGAUCAAAUAAAAUCCAAAUCAGAUGAUUUAGUACCUGCGGUUAAUAUUUGUCCACCAUCACCACUUGGUGCUGGUGGUGGCGCAGGUGGUGGUGGUGCAAAAGCAGGUAGCCGUACUGAUCUACAUAAAAUUGAAUAUGAAUUAGUUAAAGUUAAGAAAAAAGAUGAUGAUGAUUUGUUUGAUGAUGAUGAUGAACCAUCCGGACCAAAACCAAUGCUUCCAUAUUCAUCAAUGUUUAUAUUUUCAUCAUCCAAUCCAAUACGUGUGUUUUGCCAUUUUAUAACCAAUAUGAAAUAUUUUGAUGCAUUUAUAAUGGUUAUUAUAACAUUAAGUAGUAUUGCAUUAGCAGCUGAAGAUCCUGUUGAUGAAAAUGCUUAUAUUAAUAGUAUUUUAAUUUAUUUUGAUUAUGCAUUUACUGGUGUAUUUGCAAUCGAAAUGGUAUUAAAAGUAAUUGAUCAAGGUAUAUUUUUACAUCCUGGUUCAUAUUGUCGUGAUUUUUGGAAUAUUUUGGAUUCUAUUGUUGUUAUUUGUGCACUUUGUGCAAUUGCAUUUACAUAUCUUGGUGAUGCAAGUCCAGGUACAAAAGGUGCUGCAUCCAGUCUUAGUGUUAUAAAAUCAUUAAGAGUACUGCGUGUAUUGCGUCCAUUGAAAACAAUAAAACGUGUACCAAAAUUAAAAGCCGUAUUUGAUUGUGUUAUAACAUCAUUGAAAAAUGUUUUCAACAUACUUAUUGUUUAUAUGUUAUUUCAAUUUAUAUUUGCUGUGAUAGCUGUACAAUUAUUUAAUGGUCGUUUUCAUUAUUGUACAGAUGAAUCAAAAUUAUUUGAAGAAGAAUGUCAUGGUGAAUUUUUUAUAUUUAGUUCAUCACAUGAACCACCACAAGUACGAAAACGUAUUUGGGAUCGUAGACAAUUUCAUUAUGAUAAUGUUAUAUCAGCAAUGUUAACAUUGUUUACAGUGCAAACUGGUGAAGGAUGGCCAACUGUAUUACAACAUUCAAUGGAUGCUGUAUAUGAAGAUCAUGGUCCAUUACCACGUUUUCGUAUUGAAAUGUCAUUAUUUUAUGUUAUAUUUUUUAUUGUCUUUCCAUUUUUUUUCGUCAAUAUAUUCGUUGCCUUAAUUAUUAUUACAUUUCAAGAACAAGGUGAAAAAGAGCUUGAAGAAGGUGAAUUAGAUAAAAAUCAAAAAUCUUGUAUUGAUUUUGCUAUACAAGCUAAACCAUUACAACGUUAUAUGCCAAAAGAUAAAGAUUCAUUAAAAUAUAAAAUAUGGCGUGUUGUUGUUUCAACGGCAUUCGAAUAUUUUAUUAUGGUAUUGAUCGUAUUGAAUACCAUAUUAUUAAUGAUGAAGUAUUAUCAACAAAGUCAUGAAUAUAAAUUAACAUUACAAUAUACAAAUGCUACAUUUACUGCCUUAUUUACAUUGGAAUGUAUGUUAAAAAUAACUGCAUUUGGCUGUAGGAAUUUUUUCAAAGAUUCAUGGAAUACAUUUGAUUUUAUAACUGUUUGUGGUAGUGUUGUUGAUGCAUUGGUUAUGGAAAUAACACUUAGUGCUGUUAAUAGCAAGGAUUUCAAUUUCAUAUCAGUCGGAUUUUUACGUUUAUUCCGUGCUGCACGUUUAAUUAAAUUAUUACGACAAGGUUAUACUAUUCGUAUUCUACUUUGGACAUUUAUACAAUCAUUUAAGGCUUUACCAUAUGUUUGUCUAUUGAUUGCAAUGUUAUUCUUCAUCUAUGCCAUUAUUGGCAUGCAGGUAUUCGGUAAUAUAGCCAUUGGUACCGAAUUUAAUCCCGAUUCUAGUCUAACACGUCAUAAUAAUUUUCGUACAUUCAUUCAAGGAUUAAUGUUAUUGUUCAGAUGUGCAACUGGUGAAUCAUGGCAAGCAAUAAUGUUAUCAUGUCGUUCCGGACGACCAUGUGAUCCAAAAGCCCGGCAAAAUGAUUCACAAAAAGAUAGCUGUGGUUCGGAUUUAGCUUAUUCAUAUUUUGUAACAUUUAUUUUUUUCUGUUCAUUUUUGAUGUUAAAUUUAUUCGUUGCUGUUAUUAUGGAUAAUUUUGAUUAUUUAACACGUGAUUCAUCAAUACUUGGUGCACAUCAUUUGGAUGAAUUUAUACGUGUUUGGGCUGAAUAUGAUCCAAAUGCAACUGGUUAUAUACAUUAUUCAGAAAUGUAUGAUAUGUUAAGAAAUAUGGAUCCACCAUUAGGUUUUGGUAAUAAAUGUCCAUAUCGUUUGGCAUAUAAAAAAUUAAUUCGAAUGAAUAUGCCGGUUACCGAAGAUGGUAAAGUAAAUUUUACAACAACAUUAUUUGCACUUAUACGUGAAAAUCUAAGUAUAAAAAUGCGUCCGGCUGAAGAAAUGGAUCAAGCAGAUAAAGAAUUACGACAUACAUUAGUAAAAUUAUGGCCAUUACAAGCGAAAAAAAUUAUCGAUAAAUUAGUACCACCAAAUUAUGAACUACGUAAUGGUCGUUUAACUGUUGGUAAAAUUUAUGCCGGUUUUUUAAUAUUAGAAAAUUGGAAAACAACACGUUUCGGUCAGAUACCUGGUGUUGGUCUUACGCGACCAUCAUUAUUACAACGUUUAAUGGGUGCCGUGCGUAAUCAAAAUCUACCACCUGAAGAACAAAAUUUCGAUGAAAUGGGUAUACAUCCUCGAAAAGGAUCGCUUAAAGAUCAUAGCGAAGAAAAUAAAUUGGAAAAAACAUUCAGCUUUAUACGUCGUGGUUCAAGUCGUAAACAUAAGGAUAAACAUUCAAUUGAUGAUGAGGAAGCUGGUGUUGUUAGUGCAUUGGCACAUUUAUCAACACAUUUACAUCCAGAUCAUUUAUCAUCAAGAAGAUCAUCAUUUCGUCGGAGACGUUCACGUUCACGUUCACCAUCCGUUCAUCCACAACGGCCACAAUCACCAUCAACAACACAAGCAUAUACUGAAGAUGAUGAACAACAUAAAUCACAACAACAACAAUCGAAAACAACAACAACAACAUCGAUAACAACAACAACAACAACAACAAGUGGUGAUCAAAUGAUAACAACAACGGCAACAACAACAACAACAAUUCCUGUUUGCACAACAGAACAAGAUCAUCAUCAACAACAACAACAACAACAAUUUGAUGAAUAUGGUCGACAACAACAACAACAUUCACCAUCAAAAUUACCCGAUCAACUUGGUUUUGCUGAUACUGUAUCGGAUUUAGUUGGAAUUGUUAAAUAUGAAACAUCCCGUAAAGGUCGAGCUAAAUGUAAAACAAAUGAAGAAUUUAGUUCACCAACAUUACCGGCUACUGGUGCUGGUAUAGGUGGCGUUGGUGGUUUAGUAAGACAUGGUAGUCAUCAUCGUCGUUCAUCAUCAUAUCGUUAUCGUGAACCAUGGCGUGGUCCACGUCCAGAAGAUCAAGGACCAAGUGAACCAUUAUUUCAUUAUCCACAUUCAAAACAAUAUUAUAUGCAAAGAUUACGACAAGCACAAGAAAUAAAUGGUGCGGGUGUUGGUGGUGUUGUUGAUGGUGAUUUUUUUAUUGGACAACCAAGUCCAUCAAGUUCAUUAGAAUAUCGUUCACAUAGUUCAAGGAUGGAUUUAGAUCGACCAAGUCGUAGUCCUAGUCCACAUCCAUUGGAUCCAACAAAAACUGAAUAUUAUGGAACAACAAAAUUAGAACAACGAUCACGUUCACCAAGUCCAUCAACACAAAUUCAACAACAACAACAACAACAACAGCAACAACAACAACAACAACAACAAUCAUCAUCAUCAUCAUCAAUACCAUUUCAAUUACAGUUACGUCGUUUUCCGGGAAGAUUUUUAAAUGGUGCAAAACGUCGUUUAUUACCAACAACACCGGGAAAUUUGCCAAAAAAUUUAUCCGAUCCAUCUGUUCAAAUUAAUUUCCCGUUAGUAUCACAUUCACCAACCAUUCCUAGUCGUACACCAGCUACAAUAAAUUUUCCAAAAUUAAAUGCAUCGCCAACACAUUUUUCAAAAACAUCGGGAGCUUUUAUUCUGGAUCCAGAACAACAACAACAACAACAACAAUUGCAACAACAACAACAAAUGGCCAUGCAAGCAAUGAUGAUGGAUCCUUCUCAACAACAAAUGCAGCAGCAACAACAACAACAAAUCGAUCCAUAUCAAAUGGCUCAACAACAACAACAACAAUUCGUCCAACAACAACAAUCAGAACAGACUCAACAACAACAACAACAACCACAGCAAACACAAUCAAUUGGAGCAAGUUUAUCAUCAUUAUUGGCACCAUUACGUAUGUUUAGCAGUCGAAGUAGCGUUUUACAACGUCAACAACAACAACAACAACAACAGCCGCAACAACAACAACAACAAGCAACUGUUGUUUGUCCAAUAACCCAACAACCUCAACAACAACAACAAUUUUCUAUUAUUCAACAACAACAACAACAACCACAGCCAAUAUUAAAUCAACAACAAACAAUUCCAGGUUCAACAAUAAUGAUAAAACGUGGUCUUCCACAACCACCUGGAUCAAGUUUAUUAUUAACACAACAGCCUACAUUAGAAACAUGGCCAGAAGAAGAUACAACAACAACAACAACAGCAAAUAUCACUGCCACAAUACAUGGUCAUCAUCAACACCAACAACAACAACAACAUUCAACACAGCCAAGUACCUCAUAUCAACCGAUAAUAUCCGGUUAUUCGGAUGAAAAUCUUCUUGGUACUGGUACAUCAGCUACUACUGCUAGUACUAGUCGAUUAUUACCAUCAACAUCAAUUACACAUCAACAACAACAACAAUCAUUAUUGUUGGAACAACAACAAAGACGUCGUGAUCGUAUGAAACAUUUUCGUUCAUCAACAUGGACUGAUGAUCGUCAUCAUCAUCUUGAUGAUAAUACUAAUAGCUAUGGAAUGACUGUACCACCCACAAGUGGAUUACGUCGUCGUCAACAGCCAAUGAUACCAACAUCGCAUCAUCAUCAUCAUCAUAUCAAACGUCCAUCAAGUGCCGGUGUAUUGAUGUCAACCGCUGCAGCAGCAGCAGCAGCCGCAUCCUCAUCUACAUCAUCCGCAAUGACCAAAUUACCAAGACGUAAAUUAUUUAUGCAAUCCGCAUCAAUAUCAUCAUGGCCAUAUCAACAACAACAACAGCAACAAUCAACAUCGACAGCAACAAGUCGUCGAAUUACACCACCAAUACCACGUGCACGUAGACGUGUACCAUUACAUCAAUUAUCAUUUCAUUCGGAUGGUGCUGUUACAGGUGGUGGUCGAUCAUCUGAUCAUUAUUAUCGUUCAUCACAUCAUCAUCAUUAUUUAACAUCAAGUUUACGUGAUUCAUAUGCUAUUGGUAGCGGUGAUGGUGAUGAUGGCGACGAUGACGACGACGAUGACGAUGAUGAUGAUGAUGAAGAUUGGUGUUGAAUUUAGUGUUGGAAUUUUUUUCUUUUUUUUUUUGUUAAAAAUUUUCUAUCCAAUUCGCCAUAACUCGCCACAUUAAACAAAACAAAGCGAAAAAUUCUAGGUUUACAAAAAAACUUUCUUAAAACUUUUUUUUCAUAAAAAUUCUCAUCAUUUCUUUUUGUACUGUAAUCCUUCCUUCCCUAAUUUUUUCAUUU